AUGGAUUCUUCUUACUACUUUGCCUUGGGGACAAGCACUUCUAUUUUGCCAAAACUCAGUUUUCAGAAUGUAGACAAGAGAUUUUGGGGUGAGAAGAUCAACAAUAAUGGUUUCUUUAAGCGUUUUGCUUCGGAUUCGGGAUCCAAGAAGCUUGGGAAUCGGAAGUUCAACCACAGUUUUGUUUACGCUGUUGCCACUUCAAAGAAUCCAAAAGAGACUAUGACAGUAAAUCAUUCGAUGUUCGAGAGAAGGAAGGCAGACCCAAAAAACGUGGCUGCAAUCAUUCUAGGAGGUGGCAAUGGAGCUCAACUCUUCCCUCUUACAAAGAGAACCGCGACACCAGCUGUUCCUUUGGGUGGAUGUUACAGGCUGAUCGAUAUACCGAUGAGUAACUGCAUUAACAGUUGCAUAAACAAGAUCUUCGUGCUUACACAGUUCAACUCGGCUUCCCUCAAUCGGCAUUUAGCACGUACUUAUUUUGGGAAUGGCAUUAACUUUGGAGGUGGUUUCGUAGAGGUCCUUGCUGCUACACAAACACCCGGGGAAGCAGGAAAGAAGUGGUUUCAAGGAACAGCAGAUGCUGUUAGAAAAUUCCUCUGGGUGUUUGAGGAUGCCAAGAACAGGAACAUUGAGAACAUACUCAUUUUGUCUGGAGAUCAUCUCUAUAGAAUGAACUACAUGGACUUCGUUCAGUCUCAUGUAGAUAGUAAUGCGGAAAUCACUCUUUCGUGCGCACCAGUCAGUGAAAGCCGUGCAUCGAAUUUUGGUCUAGUGAAGAUUGAUCGAGGUGGGCGUGUAAUCCAAUUCUCUGAGAAACCAACAGGAGUCGAUCUGAAAUCAAUGCAAACAGACACAACAAUGCUUGGACUGUCUCAUCAAGAAGCAAAAGAUUCUCCAUACAUUGCAUCAAUGGGAGUUUAUUGCUUCAAAACCGAAGCUUUGCUGAACCUUCUGACACAACGGUAUCCGAGUUCCAAUGACUUUGGAUCUGAAAUUAUUCCUGCAGCUAUAAGAGAUCAUAAUGUUCAAGGAUAUAUCUUCCGAGAUUACUGGGAGGAUAUCGGAACUAUAAAGACAUUCUAUGAGGCUAAUUUAGCUCUUGUUGAGGAAAGACCAAAGUUUGAGUUCUAUGAUCCAGACACUCCGUUCUACACUUCUCCCCGGUUCCUCCCUCCAACCAAAACUGAGAAAUGCCGUAUGGUAGAUUCGAUAAUCUCACACGGAUGUUUCCUGCGAGAAUGCAGCAUCCAACGUUCCAUCAUUGGUGAACGGUCUCGUCUAGAUUAUGGAGUUGUGCUUCAGGAUACGUUGAUGUUAGGUGCAGACUAUUACCAAACUGAAUCUGAGAUUGCAUCUCUAUUAGCAGAAGGAAAGGUUCCAAUUGGUAUUGGUAAAGACACAAAGAUCAGGAAAUGCAUCAUUGACAAGAACGCCAAGAUCGGUAAAGAUGUGAUCAUCAUGAACAAAGGCGAUGUUCAAGAAGCAGAUAGGCCAGAGGAAGGAUUCUAUAUUCGUUCUGGAAUCACUGUGAUAGUUGAAAAGGCGACCAUUAAAGACGGUACUGUAAUAUGA